AUGCGCUCCAGUCUAUCAUGCGACCAUUGCCGAAAGGCCAAGAUCAAGUGUGUCAAUGAGGGGACUGCGCCUUGUCAGAAGUGUCUGAAGCUGGGGAACUCGGGGUGCGAGCUUUCUCGGCCGCAGGCUAGAUCGGCAAAGAAGAUUGCUGCGAGAGCUCAGAGGGCGACACCGGAGCUUACUCCGAGAGCGGAUCAUGUUUCGACGGUUGCGAGUACGCCCGAUGUUACGCGACAGGAUCCCAUCAGACCGCCUAGGCCGAGUCCUUCCUUGUCGAGGAGGACGGUCUCGAGCUGGGGACAGGAACCCGUUGAUGAGCAUCUCGCGAGGUUGCCGAUAGGUGUCGUUCUCAAGGCUCUCAACAUUUUCACGGCUAAAUUCCCCGAGCUGAGGAUACUACAACCAUCAGCAUUUGUCAAAGAGUACCAGUCUAGUCGGUCAAGAGAAAGUAAGGUACUUCUGGCGACUAUCCUUGCCAUAACGAGGAAGCAAUCAUCGAUAUGCAGCGGGGAAUGGCUUCAUCGGUUACGCAGUAGUGACUGCUACGCGUCGUACGCCUGGAGCAUCCUGUCGAAUCUCAUUCUCCUACCGCCGAAUGUUCAGGUCGUUCAGGCGCUCCUCAUCUUGACCCUCUACGAGUGGGGUGUACGAGAGUUUCAUAAAGCAUGGAUGCACUGUGGCAUGGCUAUCCGCAUCAUGCAGUCCCUCCACAGCUCCCGCAUCUCUCCCCACGCCCUGGACAUCUCACAGAAUAACGACAUGGACGAGCUCGCCGUGGUAGUCGAGACUCGGACGUACUGGGCCUGCUUCAUCAUGGACUGCACCAUCAACUCCGGGACCUACAACCCGCGCAUGCUCCCCAUGCCCGAGAUGCAAAAGCUCAAGGUCCCUCGACCGCCAAACUUUUUCGACUUUGCUUUUGGAUCUGACGGGGCGUCGCUGAGUCAAAACUUGGCGGCGAAUCAUUCUGAUCCGUCUGGUAACUUGGACCUCGCGCAGAGCUUUGAGACGAUUGUUCUUGGGUUUGAUAUUUACGCUCAAGCAAUGGCAUUUGUCUUUAAUAACGGUCGGUGUGCGCCUGGAAUGUGCGCUCCAGAGAAUUGCCCUUGGGUGCCAGGCUCACUCUGGUCAAACUGCAGAAAUCGACUCGAGGAGUGGAGGAGGAGCCAGCAUCACAGAUUGCAUUACCCAAGGCACAGCGUUGCAGUUCACAUGACCCUGGGGCAUGGAGAGUCUUUCAUAUACCUGAAUAUGCUUUACUAUCUAAGUACCAUCAUGCUUCACCGCGAGUACUUCCCUUUCCUACCAACCGCCGAAUCCACACCCCAAGGACCCAUACACCCUCCUCUUCUUGAGGCAGAAGCCCCGCCAGGAUGGUGGGAGGAUAGCGCCAAAGAACUGUACGGGGCAGCCGAGCAGAUUACUUGCCUACUGCAAGAGGCGUCCGAAUGCGGCAUACCUCUGAUGACGCCCUUUUCCGGCUUCUGCGCCUUUACCGCGUGCUUUCUCAACUUGUACAUCUUUAGGUUCCCAAAGAUGAACCUUGGUAGAAGUCCGAGGGCGGAGCAGUUGAUGAAUUGGGGGUUGGAAUACUUGGAGGAGUUUCAGAAUGCUUGGGAGUUGGCCGGUGGUUGGAUUAAAACAAUCCAAAACUCGUCACUCUUAUAUAAGAGCGCGACCGAGGAUAGCGGACGGUUUCGGGGAAGAUCGAGAGCCGACUUUGAGACUCUGCACCAAUCCAUCCACGAGUACCGCAUCGUGGAUCGAUCUGACCUACAUCUACAGCAGAUUCGCCGUGCUGAUAGAAACUCUUCGAGAGACAACGAAAAUGACGAGAGAGUAGGGAGAGAACAAGCUCAAGUUCCCAUGGGCAUGAAUCCAGCGGGCAACCCGGCGUUUCUAGACCCUUUUCCGAACUGGUGGUCAAUGUUACAGGAGGUGGAAUUCGCCGAGAUUAGCAGCAUGAUGAAUUGA